AUGUAGUGGACGGGACGUUUCUUCAGCAACAACAAUUCAGCCGAUUCGGUAACCAAAAUUGAAACCGAAACAUCGAAGCUCUUUAUGCCAUUUUUGUGUUUAUUAACCUGUGUUUUAAACACACUGUCUGUGUAUUUACUAGUUACUCCAUUUACGUUAUUAGCUAGCUGGAUAAAUAACACUUGACUAGUCGCUAAUGCUAACUAGCUAGCUAAGGUCUUCGACCAUGAGUUCACUGAACGACUCUCCCCCUGCUACAGAAGAGGCGGUCUGCUGGACGGAGAAAGAAUCUCUCGUGAAAGAGGAGGAUGAGGAAGAGGAGGCUGUCACCGUUAAAAAUCAAGUUGAGGUUGAGGCUGUUACAGUGAAAGAGGAAGAAGUUACAGUGAAAGAGGAGGAAGAAGCACUCAGAGUAAAACAGGAGGAUGUUACUGUGAAAGAAGAGGAGAGCAAGAAAGAGGAGGAAGCUUUUUUUGGAGUCAAAGAGGAGACUACGACUGUCACGGUGAAAGAAAAAGAAGACGUUUUUGUAGUGAAGGAGGAGGCAGAGAAGACUGUCACAUUAGAAGAAUAGGGGACAAGAGAUCUGGUUAACACUAGAGAGAGACCAGACUCAGAGGAAACAGAGCCAGAGACGUCCAAACCAGCAAGACCACAACACUGCUCCCACCGCAGGAAGAGUUUUACCCAGUUAGGGAGUCUGAAAAGACAUAAGAAAACGUACAGAGGGGAGAAGCCAUAUCACUGCUCUCAAUGUGUCUUUGGAGUGAAAGAGGAGGAGGAGAUGACUGUCACAGUGAAAGAAGAAGAAGACGUUUUUGGAGUUGAGGAGGAAGGAGAGAUUACUGUCACAUUAGAGGAAGAAUCGGAGGAGACAGGAUAUCUGAUUAACAGCAGAGAGAGACCAGACUCUCCCUCUGACAGUGGGAAGAGUCCUUCAGGGGAACCAGACCAGGAGACCCCAAAACCAGUGAGACCACACCAGUGUUCCCACUGUGGAAAGAGUUUUAAGUGGGUAUAUUACCUGAAAGAACAUGAAAGAAUACACACAGGAGAAAAGCCGUUCCAAUCUUCCCAGCGUGGAAAGAAAUCUACUCAGUUAAGGAGUCAGAAAAUACAUGAGAGAAUGCACUCUGGAGAGGAGCCUCACAAAUGUACUCAAUGUGGAAAGACGUUUAACCGCUUAGGUAACCUGAAGUCACAUGAGCGAACACACACUAGAGAGAAGCCUUACAACUGUUCCCAGUGUGAAAAUGUAUUUUUCUCAUCAGGAGACCUGAUAAAGCAUGAAAGAACACACUCAGAAAAGAGGCCCAACCAAUAUUCCCAGUGUGGAAAAAGAUUUACUCAGCUAGGGAAACUGAAAUCACACGAGAGAACACAUUCUUUAGAGAGGGCUUACCAAUGCUCUCAGUGUGGAAAGAGGUUUAUCAAGUCAUCACAUCUGAAAGAUCAUAAGAGAAUACACACAGGAGAAAAACCAUACCAAUGCUUCCAGUGUGUAAAGAGUUUUAGCCAGGUAGGGAACCUGAACAUUCACGAGAGGACACACACUGGAGAAAAACCUUUCCAAUGCUGCCAGUGUGGGAAAAGCUUUACCCACUUAGGUCACCUGAUAACACACGAGAGGACACACACAGGAAAGAAGCUUUUCCAAUGCUCGCAGUGUGAAAAGAGUUUUAGCCAGUUAGGGAACCUGAAAAGGCAUGAGAUGUCGCACACUGGAGAAAAACCUUUCCAAUGCUUCCAGUGUUGUAAGAGUUUUACUCGUUUGGGGACCCUGAAAAUUCAUAAGAGAAUACACUCUGGAGAGAAGCUUUACCAUUGCUCCCACUGUGGAUUUAAAUUUACCUGGUUAAGGCAACUAAAAGAGCAUGAAAGAAUCCACACCUGAGAGAAACGUUAUAAAAUCACAUUUUAUUUGUCACGUUCUACAGGUGUAGUAGAUCUUACCAUGAAAUACUGACUUACCAGCCCUUAAUAACCAACAAUGCACCGUUUUUAAAAAGUAAGAAAAUGUUGCUAAAUAAACUAAAGGAAAAAUAAUAACACAAAAUAACAAGGCUAUAUACAAGAGUACCAGUACUGAGUCAAUAUGCAGGGGUACAAGGAAGUUGAGAUAAUUGUGGUAAUAUGUACAUAUACAGUGGGGCAAAAAAGUAUUUAGUCAGCCACCAAUUGUGCAAGUUCUCCCACUUAAAAAGAUGAGAGAGGCCUGUAAUUUUCAUCAUAGGUACACUUCAACUAUGACAGACAAAAUGAGAAGAAAAAACAUCCAGAAAAUCACAUUGUAGGAUUUUUAAUGAAUUUAUUUGCAAAUUAUAAUAAUAAUAUAUAUAUAUAUGUACAUAUAAUAAUAUGUACAUAUAGGUAGAGGUAAAGUGACUAUGGAUAGAUAAACAGAGUAGCAGCAUCAUAUGUGAAGAGUGUGAAGGAAUGUGAAUAUGUGUGUGGCGUCAAUAUGCAUGUGUUUAGUUUGUGUCCAUGUGUGUUGGGAGUGUCAGUGCAGUAUGUGUGGUUAUAGUCCAGUGUGUGGGUAGAGUAUCAUCCAGCCUGUGGAAGAGAGUCAGUGUAGAGUAAUAUGACUAAAAGAGGAGGGUCAAUGCCAAUAGUCAUUUGAUUAAACUCCCAGACUCAAAAUUCAAUGUGCAUGUUUAUUAUUUUUUUACUCAUGGACUGAAUAUGGAGUAUAACAGUUUUAAUGUAUAAGCUCUGAGAUUAAAUUGUCCUCUUUAAACUCUG